AUGCUUCCAUUUGACCCUUCAGAGAAUGUUAUUAAUGACAAAUAUGAAAUUAUUAAUCAAAUUGGGUGUGGGGCAUAUGCUUCUGUAUAUAAAGCAAGAACAAAAACUACUGGAAAACUUGUUGCUAUUAAACAAUUAAAAAGUGAAAAGGAUCAAGGAUUCCCUGUUACUUCACUAAGAGAGAUACAACUUUUACAAGAAAUUCAUCACCCUAAUAUUAUUCAACUUAUAGAAGUAUUACACGCAAAUGAUUUUAUUGAAAGAAAUACAACUAUAUCAUUAGUGUUUGAAUUUAUGCCACAUGACCUUUCAAGUUUUCUCAAAUGUGAAGAAAUUGUAAAUAAAGUAGGGGUAGGACAGUUAAAAGGGUAUAUGUUACAAAUUCUUCAAGCUAUUCAAUUUUUACAUUCAAAUAAUAUACUUCAUCGUGAUAUUAAAACAGGAAAUAUUCUUAUUAGUGAUGACAAUCAUAUUAAAUUAGGUGAUUUUGGACUUGCAAGAAAACAAGAUGACGUUGGUAUUUAUACAAAUAAUAUGGUUACUCUUUGGUACAGACCACCUGAAUUACUUUUAGGUGAAACAAGGUAUAAAGGAGAAGUCGAUAUGUGGAGUGUUGGUUGUGUUUUUCUUGAGAUAUUUAAACAUCGACCAGUAUUUCAUGGAAAAACAGAAAAUGAACAACUUAGUAAAAUAUGGGAAAUAUGUGGUACACCAACUGAUUCACAAUGGCCUCAAUUUAGAGAAAUGAAAAUGUUUCAAACACUUGCACUUCCUACACCUCAAAAACGAAUUUUAAAAGAUGUGUUUAAAGGAUAUGAUCCAAUUUUUAUGGAUCUUAUUGACCAUCUUUUACAACUUAAUCCUAAAUCUAGAUUUACUGCUGAAGAAGCUUUACAACAUACUUAUUUUACUAGAGAACCUCAACCACUAAAACCAGAAGAAAUGACUAAAUUUGAUCCAUCACUAGAAUCUUGUUAUCUUAAAAUUCAAAAAGAAAAGCAAUUUGAUAGAAGUAAUAGUCGUGAAAGAAGAGACGAUAGAAUGAAUAGAAGAAGACAAGAAGAUGAUUUUCGUUAUCAAAAAGGAGGUAAAAGAGUGAAUUCAUUUAAUAAUAGAAGAAGAACAGAUUACUCAAAAAGGGAUAACUGGAGAGGAAGAAGAAAUUCUACUGAAAAGUUCUAUUAA